AUGCGCGGCGCGCCUUUGGGAGCAGGAUCUCGUUCCUCUCCGCUCUUCAUCACCGACGCUUCGCACCGUGACAAUUUCGCAGCAGAAGCAGCAGCAUUGCGUCGCGUUGGACCCAAAGCUGUUCCAUACCUCAUCGUCUUCGCGCACGAGAUCUCCAGCAGCAAGGGCGCUCAUUACAUUCACCGUACCGUUUUCAAACCGCUCGCCCCGGGGGAGAUUCAACAGGCCAGGGGGGUAAACACCACCGCGCCGCCCCGCCAUCCGCACCAUAGGGGGAACGGGACGGUAGCGGCGGGGAACCGAACAAAGGGCGGGCAUCCGAGCAAGGGGCACCAUAGGGGGAACGGCACUGCUGCAGGGGGGGCGAAGAGGGGGAACGGCACUGCUGCAGGGGGACCGAAGAGGGGGAACGGCACUGCUGCAGGGGGGGCGAAGAGGGGGAACGGCACUGCUGCAGGGGGACCGAAGAGGGGGAACGGCACUGCUGCAGGGGGGGCGAAGAGGGGGAACGGCACUGCUGCAGGGGGACCGAAGAGGGGGAACGGCUCUGCGAAUGGAAAUGCGCCGAAUAACCAGAAGAACAGUGGCGCGCAGCCGAACAAGAAUGGCGGCGGCAGCGCCAAUAAGCCGCGUCGACCGAAGCAAAUUGCUGAGGAGACCUGUAGCAGGUGGGUUGCCUGA